UCUGCAAUAAAUGAACACAAUAAUACUUUGUAUCAGGGGAGGAAAAUGGCAAUAUAAAAACCUUGCAGUAGAAGGAAGAGGACACCAUCACAGAGGGUCACAGAACGACUGGCAUAACGGUUUUGUUCUUUUUUAAGUCAUUUUUAUACUCAUCGUGCGACAAUGAAGUUCUCUCUGACAGUUGCCCUUGUCAUCCUGGUUAUUUUGCAAGGCACAGAGUCUGCACCUUUGGUGAAGCCAGAUCUAUCUGCUGAGAUUGCCAAGGUCACCCAGUACUUCCAGGACAUGAGCAAACUGUUCACUACCACCUCCACUGAACUGGUAGAGAAAGUCAAGGCCUACGAGCUGACCAGCAAGGCAGAGGCAUACCUGGAGGAGGGCAAGGCUCUUCUGCAGCAACUGGAGAAGGUGCAGGAGGAGAUGAAGCCCCUGGCCGCCAGCAUCGAGGAGCAGCUGAAGCCCCUGUCAGCAUCCCUGCAGGCCCACAUCAAGCCCCUGGCCGCCUCCCUGGAGACCCAGAUAGAGGACCUCAUCAAGAGGGUGGUCACCCAGACCAAGGCCCUGCUCCCCCCACAGUAAAACAUGACUGGCUCAAUAUAUAAGUCACUGCUGUUUACAAAUGACAGUGUAUGUGUUUGGACUUUUGGACAGUUCUAAAACUCCAUUCUGCUCUCUGUCAAACUUGACAUGAGUUUUACUGACUAUUUAUGUGAAA